UCUCAGGGCGCUCCUUACCCCACACUUUGCCAUGAGUGAGCACAUAGAGCGAGUCUAUGACGGCCCGCUUGCCAUCAUCACCAUCAAAAAGCAGGAGACACGUAACGGCUUGACACUCGAUCUCUGGCGGCGGCUGUCCCAGCUGCUCCGUGAGAUUGCACUCGAGCCGAACAUCACUAUCACCGUCAUCCAAGCACAGGGAAGCUUCUGGUCUGCAGGAGCCGACGUCAAGAAUCGUGAUGUUGACCGUGAAGGCGAAGCGCCACGGGCAGCCCUGCUGAGGAGGGCUGCACAAGGCAACGGCGACCUCGUGCGUUCGAUUGCCGAACACCCGAAAGUGCUCGUAGCGGCUUGCCAAGGGCCAGCGAUAGGCAUUGCAGCUGCCAUCCUUGGUCUAUUCGAUCUGAUCUACACAGUGGAGAGCUUCUAUUUGCUCUGCCCUUUCGCUUCGCUCUCGCUAGUAGCCGAGGGCGCAUCGAGCCUGACGUUUCCGCGACGGAUGGGGCAUGCGCUUGCGAACGAAGUCCUCCUCUUCGGGCGCAGGAUCGGUGCGGACAGGCUGCAGCAAGCCGGCUUCAUCAAUUGCGUUGUCGCGAGCAAGGACGCUUCAGACUUUCAGCGACAAGUUCACACCGAGCUUCGUGACCUGCUGCAAGAUAAAGACGCAUCAAGCAUACUAAUGAUAAAGCAACAAAUGAAGACGGCAUUGAAUCCGCUGGAGGUCGAAGCGGUCAAUCAUCGGGAGAUGUUUAACUUAGUCGAGCGAUUCGAGACGGGGAAGCCACAGGUCGCAUUCGCAGCCAUUGCGUCGAAAUCCCGACGGCAUAAGCUAUAGCAUUGUCGUUGCAUCAGUCAGGCGUUGCAUCAGUCAGGCGCAUUGGGAGACUCUUCUUCGUUGUCGUUAUCGUCGCCAUCGUCAUAGUUGGAAGCGAUCUUAGCCAGCAGCUUCUCCAUGCGCUGUACUGCUGCCUCGACACGUUCGAGACGCUCGGGUGCGCCCUUGAUCUCGCGUUCCCCUUGGAUCGCGCCAAUGAGAUGCGAGAGGUGCCCACUAAGACCUUGCGGUACGAGACUGUCCGCAUUGCUCAGCCGGCGCUGGUGCCUCUCGCGGUCUUCAUCGUCAGCAUGACCCCCUUCGUGCUGUUUACUCUGAUCCGCAUGAUCUUCCAGCAUAGCAAUGUCGGAAUAGUUGUCGUAUGCUUCCUCUGGC